AUGAGCCCGCAGCAGACACAGCCCAGGCGCGGGGGCUGCCGCCGUGGCAGUGGCCGCCGCUGCCUCGACAGUUUCGCCACCUACUUCGCCAGGGUUCUGAGGCAUGUUCACGAGGGCCACAGCCUCUCGCAGGAGGCCGUGAGCGUCAUGGAUUCGUUCGUCAAGGAUAUCUUCGGGCGCAUUGCCGAGGAAGCCUCUCGCCUUGCCCGCUUCACCAAGCGCUCCACCAUCACCACCAUGGAGAUCCAGACAGCUGUGCCCCUGUUGCUGCCUGGGGAGUUUGGCAAGCAUGCCGUGUCCGAGGCCGUGAAGGCAGUCAUCAGGUUCUAUGGACGCAAAUGA